GGCAGGGUCUCUGGCAUCAUACGGCUUCGAAUUUUAUCUUACAACUUUAUGACGAUUCAUAAAUUGUGAAUAACGUCGAAGUCCGGCAACUGUCAAAUGACAUUCGCAUUUAUAAGGUUACUACUUUGAUUUUGAAAUGGCAGCAGAAAUAAAACCCGCACCCGGAGGGAAUCAUGAUAAGUUUAGUUCUAGUCGUAAGCCCAUACUUUUGUCGAAAUUAGAAGGCUGUAAUGACGACGUUAACGCGGCUAUUAUCAUCCCGCGGGAAGACGGUGUAAUUAGCGUUUGCGAUGACAGAACUGUCAGAGUAUGGCUAAAACGAGAUUCUGGUCAUUAUUGGCCAAGCGUUUGCCAAUACAUGGCUGUUGGUGCAACUUCUAUGCAUUACUGCGUAGAAACACGACAAUUAUUUGUUGGACUUGAAAAUGGAAAUAUAAAUGAAUUUGUUUUGGAACAAGAUUAUAAUCGUAUGACUGGUAUGCGAGAAUAUUUAGCACAUCAAGCAAGAGUUUCUGGAGUUAUAUAUGCACCAAAUUGCGAAUGGGUAUUGAGCAUAGGCCGUGAUAAAUUAUUUCAAUUACAUUGUUCCACUACUGGAAGAAAAUUAGGAUCAUAUCAAACGGAUGCAUGGUAUACUGCUCUACAAUUUGAUGCACAAUCUAAACACGCUUUUGUGGGAGAUUAUUCUGGACAAAUAGCAAUGUUAAAAUUGGAUACUAAUGGUGUUACUUUCAUUACCAUGUUGAAAGCCCAUACAGGGAGUAUUCAUACUUUAGCAUGGGAUUCUGAGAAGCAACUUCUAUUUUCUGGCAGUUUUGAUCAAAGUAUUAUAGUGUGGGAUAUUGGAGGACGUCAAGGCACAGCAUAUGAACUUCAAGGCCAUCAUAACAAAGUAACAGCACUUUGCUAUGCAAGUACAGAACGUGUAUUACUAUCUGGGGGAGAAGAUGCAGUGAUUGUUUGUUGGGAUAUGGCUACAAAUAGGAGAGAAACAGCACCUUGGGUUGAAUCGGAUACAUGUCAAGCCUGUGGUAGACCAUUUUUCUGGAAUAUAAAAGCUAUGAUGGAUCAGCGUCAGAUAGGCUUAAGGCAACAUCAUUGUCGUCAUUGUGGGCGUGCUUUGUGUGCUCGUUGCACUUCUCAAAGAACACCGAUCCCAUCUAUGGGAUUUGAGUUCGAAGUUCGAGUGUGUGAUCCAUGCCAUAUUCAACUUAAAGCUGCCAACCAAACAUCUCUUGCAUCAUUUCAUGAUGCAAAACAUAGUAUUAUUGGAAUGGAUUUAGAUGCUCCACGUCGAAGAUUACUGACUAUUGGACAAGAUCGCUUAAUUAAAAUAUGGGAUAUUUCUGCACUGCUUCAGUGAACUUGCAAGUAUAUCUGCUUUUCUAAAUAAAUCAAAUUAUAUGACACGAAAAACUGUUAUCACGUUUAAAUGGAAAAAUGUGCUAUCCAGAGCGUAUUUUUGUGAUUAUAUAAUUAUUUCUAAUUACAAAUUCAGAUAUACUUUGUGUAAUGCAAAAUGUUCUUUGUGGGAAUAACGAAAUAAUAUUGCGAGCAUGAAAACACAAAGUAGAAUUGUAAUUAUAGGUUUCAAAAGUUUAAGUCAUCGAUACUUCUUUGCACCAAAUACUCAUAUAUUCCUUGUAUAUUUAUAAAACAAGCAGCAAUAGAUGUGAAUAUAUUUUCUCAUAUACAGUAGACCCAACACAAUCAAUUGGAAAAAAGAAAGACUAAAGUUAAAAGCGAUCUAUCUAUUUUUGGGAUAACGAUAAUAUUACUUUCAAGAAAAAGUACUUUAAUACUUGAGGUAUAAUAUAAUUCUGAGGUACAUGGAACAACCAAAAUAAAAAAGAAAAGAGUGAGGAGAGACAGACAAAUAAACAGAAAGGGAGACUACUAAUAUAAAUCUUACGACUCUUAAAUAUUUUCAUAAUCAAACCUUUGCAAGGUACAUCCAGCAGUGUUUACAUAUGAACUAUAAUCUGGCUAUAUUAUACAUAGGUACUUUUUAAUUAAAUUAAAGUUAUUUCAGUUAAUUAUUUUGGUGCUGAUUGCUGACGUUAUACAUCUGUAAUUAUCUUUAUCGUUGAUACAUUAUAUACAGUUACUGUUAAAAUCUUUAUAAAGAUAUCUAGUUUAUUCGUACUGUUUAAUUGUUUCAAGAUAACACAUACUUUAUGUAUGUAUGCAAUAGAAUACUUAUAGUAUUGCAUAACAUAACAUUCACUUUAUUAUGCUUUUAAUUGAUCGGUUUUAAUAAUAUAUUAUGUAUAUUCUAUGAGGAUAAAAGAUAUUAAUAUCUUAUGUUUUACUUUGAUUCUAAUUAAUUGUUUAAUUACAUAGUAAAAAUUGUUUUAAAUAGCUAUAAGUAUAUUACAAAAAAUUCAUGAUUUACAAACCUUUAAAAAAUGAUAGAAAAUAAGUUAUAAUUUGCGUUUUCUGUAGGUCUUAAUUAUAUGAAAUAUUUAAUUUUAUGCAAAUAAUUGUAAUAAUUAUAUAAUUAUAAACAUAUAAUCAUACAGACAUAUACAUACAUAUAAUUUACUAGAUAUAAUGUAUGUGAAGUUAGAAGUCUUAUGAUAUCAUCAUAUAAUAAUUUUUAUAAGUCCUAGUCGUCUUAUACAUUAAUUUUAUGACUUAUAGCUAUAUAUUAUUGUUAUAUUAUUCUUACUAAACAUAUACAAACAAAGAUAUGUUAAACAAGAAUGCUAUGAUAAAAAAUAUAAAAAAAAAUUUUUAUCCAUUAAAAUCGGAUAUGAAAUAUCAAUAAUUUUGUUAACCAAAUAGAUUUUUGCAAAAAGUUUUAAAGCAAAAUAUGUUUAAAAUUAUGUUGAGUCUUUUUAAUGUUCAUUUAUGUAACUAAUAGUUUUUGUAAGAAUUUUUGCUUUUCAUGGACACGACUAUUUUGUAACAAUCUUUUAUUUAUUUUUAAAUGGCUUUCUCCUUUUCUGAUCAUGUCUGCCUUCCUUUGUCUUUUCAUCUUGUCAUAAAUUCACUUAUUUCAACAUGGAAGAUAAAAAAAAUUCAGAAGAAAAAUUUAUUCUUCCUUUUAUAUGAAAGAUCCAAUUUUAUUGGCAUCAUGUCCUUCCGAAAUUCAUUCUAGUUUCUAAAACUUAAAAUUAUAAAUACAAUAGUCUUCUUGUGCUUCCAUAAAACUAGUUGUCAUAAAUUGUGAUGCAAAAAUUGUAAUAAUAAAAAAUAUGUCAAAAAAAUAACAAAAAUGUUAAAAUUAGGCAUUCAUGUCAACAUUAAAUGUAUGUUAUAUCAUUACAUUAUAUCUUUUAUAAAAUUUUCCCUAUAAUUGAUUGUUUAUAAAUAAUCUAUAUGAUUGUCUUGUACCUGAAAGUAAAAAAGCAUCAUUACACUAAAUUACAAAAUAGGGACUACUGACUUUCAUAUUGAAAUUUGAGUAUAAAUGGUUACAAUGAGAAGUAUAAUGUUACUCUGUUAUAAAGGAAUAUUAAAAGUUUUGUUAUAUCAUAUUUUCUUCAUUUUUUAUAUUUUUCAAAUUCGAUUGUAUCUUACAGUUCAAUCAAACUACGUUAAAAGAUACAAUUGUACUCGUUUUGUUGAGGUCAUAUAUAGUAUCUUUACAUGCUAUCAUAAAUAUUUUGUAUGCCAACGAAGAAUAUAUACUAUUACAAUAA